CUUGCAGAGCUCACGCAUACAGGUCGUGGGCAGGUGCGUACAAGAAGAGUCAGGACAAGAAGGGUGGCCUUGUGAGUCUGAGGCGAGCUCCGGGCCUGUGCGAGUGGAAGAAGCCUUGCGUCUCCAAGACUCUGAGUCGAUCCAAGACUUGCCAUCCCUCUGCCUCCAGCUCCGACCUCCUCUGCAACUUCCAGAAAGCCUCGCUCAUCAACUCUCGCAUCCAGUCCACCAUGGGCCGGCUCAAGGAAAGUGACCCGCUGUUCGAGCUCGUGCUCAAAUGGAUCCUCAGCUCCGAGUGGGACAUGACUCUCACCUUGCGCGAGGCUCUUGAGCGCUGUGAAGCUUUGAUCGCUUCCCACAUCAAGAACCCUCUAGGCAGCGAGCUGUCUCGCAAGUGCCCUGGCAUCGGCAAGUUCUUCAUGGAGCUUCCUCUCACCAAAGCGCUGGACUACAUCGGACAGAAAGUCGCGGUGGAGCAGAGGAAGUACGUUCCUCCAACUUUCUCCGAGCUGAUGACCUUCGAUGCUGACGACACCCUGUACGAGCACGGCAUGGACUUGGAGCCAAGCUCGUGGCUUGUGGAUGCCCUACUGACGCUGAUGGAGAGAGGAAUCUACGUUGCUGUGGUGACUGCAGCGGGCUACCCAGGCAAACCAGACAGAUACGCUGCUCGCUUCCGGGGGCUUCUAGAGAGAAUGCAGGAGAAGAAGAGUCCCAGCAGUGUGACGAGAAUGUUCUUUUGUGUUGGAGGAGAGUGCAACUACUUGUUUCGAAUCAAUCCCGAUUACAGGAUGGAAGAGGUUGAUCCUGACGCCUUUUACACGGAGACCAUGAAGAGUUGGAAGCACGAUGACAUCGAGGAGCUGCUGAAUGUUGCCGAGGCUGCCCUAAAGGAAUCCUGCUCACGAAUGAGGUUGGACGUGCAGUUUUUGCGGAAGGCGCGAGCAGUGGGAUGCUAUCCCACGAGGGCCGAGGACCGGAUAGCGUAUGAGGCUCUUGAGGAUGUGGCGCUGGCAGUGCAGGACAAGUUGAUGCACUACUCCGAAGGCAGAGGCGUCGUUCCCUUCUGUGCUUUCAACGGCAAUCGAGAUGUGUGGGUUGACGUGGGAGACAAGCGGUAUGGGAUCGAAGCUCUUCUCCACUACCUCAGCAUCGAAGGAGAAGCCACGUGUCACAUGGGGGAUAGAUUCACUCUCACCGCUCAUUGCAUGAGGACAGGCAACGACAAGAGCUCAAGGGCCGUCGCCAACACUGUCUGGGUCACGAACCCGUCGGAGACUGAGGAAUACCUCGAGCUCUUUCUCAGAGUCUGGCGAUUCGCUGAGCUUGAUACUGGUGAUGAGAGCUGCGUGCGGUGUGCGGACUCAAGGCCCAAAGGACCGAAGCAGGGGACCAUCGAGUGGCACAAGGCGCAAAUCAUUCAGAACAACACCUCUGCCUAG